UCUUGAGGGCUAUAUAACCCUGAAAGAUGACACCCGCACAUCCCCACUGCGCCUCAUUUACAGCAUGCCGCCUUUCAUUCCUGGUGUUUGUAUGCUCAUUGACCUAUAUGACCUUUAUCCCUAUUAAUUGUCAUCGCCGUGCAGAUCUUUUUCAGAUACAUGUGCUUUUUUGGGGUGCAAAGCGAUCCAUACUAUACCGCGACUUUGUUCUCGCCGGUAAGCGUGUCCCUUUACCCGACACUUGGCUGGCUUGUUCACAUGGCUGUGGGCUUCUCGAAAGAGGAUUACAAUAGUGAGCACCUUCAUUUCAGACUCGGACAGCCGUCAAAGCUGCUUCUAAUGAUCCUCUUUCUCUAUGGUGUAGGUAAUAUCACAGUAUAUGAAUACAAUAUGGACACGUGGAAUGACACAAUUGGACCGUGGUGUGUUCACCCGCCUUUGGCUCGUCGAGGCAGCUGGCGAGCCGAUCGAUACGUAUACCAUCCGAAACCUUGCGAGUGGAAAGUAUAUGACCCCAUUCAAUGGAAGUAAACAUUGUCACUGUUGACCGAAAGCCGAACGCAACUGAACACUGGACAAUAGCCUGGGAUGGCUACUAUCGAUGCACGUCAGUAUAUUCGUUCGGUGUUCGCA